AUGGCGGAGGUUUCUGUAACAUCCCACGAUGGCUAUUGUGUGGGCGAUGCAGUCUAUUUUAAUCAUCCAACUGAGUGUUGGAUUCGCGGGACUUUAAACAUCAUCAAACGUGUGACGAAGCGAGAUGGUUUUACGCAUAUACUGUAUGGAUGCAGUGCCGUUACGUCAGAUCGAUAUCUUCCGUCACUGAGUGAGACUCCGUCGUUGGUCCAUGUUUACCCACUGAAGAAGCAAGAUAUCCAUCACAUUAUCGAGUCUUGCGUUGAACCCACGGAGCACACGACUCUGAAUGACCUUCUGGAGCUUUCGUACCUUCAUGACGCAACACUUCUUGAGCAGGUACGCGUUCGAUAUUACGAAAAUCUUAUUUACACACACAUUGGCCCCAUUGCACUGGCUUUAAAUCCAUACGACUAUACUUUGCCCAAUUACACGGAUGAUAACAUGCCAAAGUAUGUUAUGGAGGGAUCGAAGGUGAUUGUGGCGCCAUCCAAAAAUUUACCCCAUGCCUGGACCGUGGCGCAUUACAGCUACUGGCGCAUGUGCACCGAUGGACUUAAUCAAAGUAUUACUGUCAGCGGUGAAAGCGGAGCUGGAAAGACGGAAACAGCCAAAAUUGUUUUAAAGUAUAUUGGGGUUGUAUCUACGGCACAGUGUGGUUCGCAGGAGAAAUCCGGAGCGGAGGAGAUUACCAAAAAGGUGAAUCUCACUUCUCCCAUCCUGGAGGCAUUUGGCAACGCAAAAACCAGGCGAAAUGACAACAGUUCACGCUUUGGUAAGUUCAUGAAGGUUUUUUUCAGGCAAUCGCCAACCGGCGGGGUGAUGACAGGAGCGUCCAUCAAGGUAUACCUCCUUGAGCGUUCCCGUGUUGUCACGCAUGGCAAAGGAGAGAGAGGGUACCACAGUUUCUAUCAAUUACUUGCUAGUAAUGGUGAGGCGGCUAAACAUCAUCGUCUCAGUCAUUUGCAACUAACCCGCGCGGAGGAUUAUCGCUGCACCGCUGUUGGUAAUGCCACAAUAAUUGAGGGAGUAAAUGACGCUGAUGACUUUGAGGAGGUGAUGCGUGCAAUGGAGUUUGUUGGCAUGAGUGAAGCGGAAUGUAAUGCCGUUUGGAAUACAGUAGGGGCUGUCUUACACUUGCUCUCUUUGCAAUUUAAGGCGCUUAAUGAUGAUGAAUGUUGUAUAGACAUCAACGCACAGAAUGUUGAGAUGCAUCUCCGCAUGGUGAAGGAGCUUUUGGGCCUUCCAGAUGAUGUCUUAUUUAAGGAGCUUGUCACGACGACGCA